AGAAGAGACAAACCCAAGAAAGAAAUGGCAAAUCUUAAUGUGCCCUUAACACUUGUGUUUCUUCUGCUCAUUAUUUCCCCAGAGAUAAAAAUGACGGAGUGUGCAAGGAUUUUUACUAUAAUCAACCAUUGUGAAGAGACAAUAUGGCCUGCCAUCACUCCAGGUGAAAACUUCAACGGAGGUGGAUUUGUAUUGAAGCCAGGGCAAUCCAUUGUUUUCAAUGCUCCGGUAGGGUGGAUUGGCCGAAUAUGGGGUCGAACAGGUUGCAAUUUCGACAAAAACGGUAAUGGAUCAUGCCAAACCGGUGCUUGUGGCACAUCCCUGACAUGUAAGGCUUCAGGUCAAACACCUGCUUCACUAGCUGAAUUCACCUUAUCAGCAACAGAUUACUAUGAUGUUAGCCUAGUGGACGGAUUUAACUUGCCAUUAGUUGUUACACCAAUUAAUGGUCAAGGAAAUUGCAGCAUUGCCGGUUGUGACAUGGAUUUAAGGUCUAAUUGUCCGACGGAGCUCGCCUUGAAAUCGAAAGGGAAAGUUAUUGGCUGCCGAAGUGCUUGUGAUGUGUUCAAUUCUGAUGAGUAUUGCUGCAGAGGAGUUUAUGGGAAUCCUGUAAUUUGCCAACCUACAUAUUAUUCCAAGAAGUUCAAGGAAGCUUGCCCUACUGCUUAUAGUUAUGCAUAUGAUGAUCCCACCAGCAUUUUUACUUGCUCUGGAACAGAUUAUGUCAUUACUUUUUGUGCAUCUAGGAAGCAACAGGUUUGUACAUACCAUAAUAACAAGCUUGUCUGUGGUGGAUCUCAAGGAUUAAAAUCAUUGAUUGAAAGAUGGUGGCCUCUCAUGCUUGCUUUGCCAUCAAUGGUUAGUUGGUGGAUUGUAUAAUAAUUAAUUAAUUAAGAUGAGUAAUCUUUUGUUUUUAUUAUUAUUAUUAUUAUUAUUAUUAACUAGAGCCCCAGUGGUUUUAUUCUUUGAUAAUUAAGCUUGCCCUUUACAAUAUGGGGAAAGAUUAAUUUGUUCUUUUCUUUGGUGAGAAAUGUUCUAAGUGGGAAAUUGUAAAUAUAAAUUUGCUAUUUCGAUUGUUUUUA